CGUGCAUCAUGUCAAGCGUUUCUGCCCUACAGGUACGUCGCUGACCCCAGGAAGAAAGUUCCCAUCACUCUGAAACCGCCGUUCCUCCGCCCCGACCUCUCCACCCGACACAUCAGUGUCAAAAUCAGUGAUAACGGUAUCCACAGUAGCAUCCUACGGAGCAAAUCUAAGACCAGUCUGGAUGGCGUGGAUGAUAAAAGUACGGAUACACAACCACCUCUGCCGCCCAAAGCGGACCGCUACAACCAGCUGAAGAGUCAGCUCACCUCCAGCGAAGAGAGUUCCCUGUCCAGCAAACCCACAAAUCCGUCCACUCCAGCCAUGUACAAAUACCGGCCUUCCUUCGGGACCAUGCCGAAAGUGCACUAUCACGCAACCGGAGAGAAGAUCGUGAUGUCCGAGAACGGUAAGCCCUCUGCCGUUUUGGAGGAACGAGCUCACGAUUACCGCUCCGAGCCGAAUCUGGAUAUGCCAGACUACCGCAGCACUCCUCUCCACCGAACGUAUCAGUCCUCCCCUUUCCAGCUGGACUCCUUCAGCACCACGUCUCGCUCGUUCAGUCUGAAGCAGGGAGUGAACCGAGCCGAGCCGAUGCCACUGGGCGGCAGCAAACCAGAAACGGUCGCUUCCGUCCCUCACAAAGGGGUCUUUUCCCCUGGCACGUUAUCGGGCCGCAACGGCAGCCUGUCCUACGACAGCUUGCUAACCUCCAGCGCGACGCCGUCUGUGGGCGAGUGCGCCGCUCACCCGGGAGUGCCCUCGAUGGGUUUCCAUUCGCCCUACCUGCCUACGAAGAUGUGCCACGUGCGAGGGCCUGAGCUUCAGCGGCACAUCGGCCCGCCGUCUUACAGCCCCGUUCACAUCGGAGCGAUGUACGGGCGGCAGUCGCCCCUCUCGAGAGACCGCGACCCCUCGCCCGUCCGCUACGACAACCUCUCCAAAACCAUCAUGGCUUCCAUCCAGGAG